AUGCCGUGGCUCAAGACAUUGGCAGGCGCUUGUCUGGUGGGACUAGUGACUGCAGCUUAUGAUGAGUAUAUCCUGGCGCCCAGCUCGAGAACUCUGUACCCAGCCUCGAUCUGGCAGGUCAAUGGAACUGUCGACGGCUCCGAGAGUCUGGUAGGAGAAAGUGCAGGAAGUGCGAAGUUUGAGGGAGCUUCGACAGUCACCUUAGACUUUGGCAAGAACAUUGCUGGCCUCGUCACGCUUCAGAUCGGAGAUGUUGACGCAGACCAAUUCAUUGGCCUGACGUACAGCGAGAGCUCCUUAUGGGUCACCAGCGAAGGCAGUGAUGGAACAGCAGACGCUGGCCUGGACGAGGUGUUGUGGUUCCAGCCAAACGAGGCCGGCAAUUACACAGUCGACCGCGACCACGAGCGUGGCGCUUUCAGGUACAUGACUCUGGUUCACAACACCACUGGCAAUCUCGAGGUCGUCAAGGCGACGGUCUACUACACUCCACUGCCUCAUAUCGCGGAUGAUGCUAUGCGAGACUACACCGGUUACUUCCACUGCGACGAUGAGCUGAUCAAUCGCAUUUGGUAUGCUGGUGCAUACACGAAUCAGAUCUGCACGAUCGACCCACAUCAUGGAGAUUCCUUAACCCUGCUCGACAAGGUGAGAUCGUCUCAACUUGGUGAUGAGACACCGCCAAAUCCGUGGUACUACAACUACACCAUCACGAACGGCACUUCCACCUUGGUCGAUGGAGCCAAGCGAGAUCGGCUCGUGUGGGCUGGCGAUAUGGCUAUUGCGGUCCCUGGCAUGAUCGUGUCAUUUAGCGACUUGGUUUCAGUCGCAAACGCCCUCGACUCGCUAUUCGCCGUGCAGAACACGACCACAGGACAGCUGCCAUAUUCAGGAAGACCAUUCCCCGCAAUCCUGUCAUUCACCUAUCAUCUGUACUCAUUGAUUGGAGUGGCUGACUACUAUCUCUACUCCAAUGAGUUGUCAUACCUGCAAGGAAAAUGGGAUCAAUGGAAACUGGCCAUGAACUUCUCCCUCUCCUUCAUCGACUCCAGCGGCCUAGCCAACGUCACCUCGCGAGCUGACUGGCUCCGUUCCGGCAUGGGUGGGCACAACAUCGAAGCCAACUCCAUACUCUACAACACUUUAAACCAAGGAAUCAUGCUCGGCGAAGCCAUUGGCGAAGAGCAAUCUCUCCUCGACUCCUGGGCAGAACGCGCCGCAACGAUCAAAGCCUCGGCCAACACCCUCCUAUGGAACGAAACCGCCGGUCUCUACCACGACAACGAAACCACAACCCUCAUGCCACAAGACGGAAACUCCUGGGCCGUAGUCUCCAACCUCACCGACUCCGCCUCCAAAGCCUCCCGAAUUUCCUCCGCCCUCGCCGCCCGCUGGGGUCCCUACGGAGCACCAGCCGUAGAAGCAACCGACGCCAUCUCCCCCUUCAUCUCAGGCUUCGAACUCCAAGCCCACCUCCUCGCCGGCAACGUCAGCGCCGCCCUCGCCCUCGUACGUCUAGAAUGGGGUUUCAUGAUGGACGACCCCCGCAUGACAAACUCCACAUUCAUCGAAGGCUACUCCUCCGACGGAAGACUACAUUACGCACCAUACACCAACGAUCCCAGAAUCUCUCACGCUCACGGCUGGGCUACGGGUCCGACUUCAACUCUCACCUUCCACAUCGCAGGUAUCCACCUCCUCAGCGCAGGAGGCGCGACUUGGGAAAUAAGUCCAAGAUUAGGAGAUCUGAAAUUCGUCGAUGCGGGUUUCAGUACCAGUCUUGGAUUCUUUUCGUCGCAAGUCAACGCCUCGUCUGCGGGCUCUAUCACCGGAUUCAAAUUCUCUGCGCCGCCGGGCACGAGUGGAAGGGUUAGUUUACCUGGUGUACAGGGUGCGCUACGAAAUGAGAAUGGGACUACGAUGACGCUUGAAAAUGGUGGAGCAUACGGCGUCAGCGGUGGCAAUUGGACACUGGCUCUAGGCAACUCGACUGCAGGAACAGGAGUGGAGCCGUAUACAGGCAAAGCGGCCACGGAUGGAAUUUCGGCUGUUGUGGUCGUUGUUGCAGCCUUGGUCUCGCUAGUGCUGUAG